GGUUCAUCCACCAUCACUGCACUGCUCGUCUGUUCAAAACAAAAUCCCGUUACUUGAAUCAUCAAUUGAAACCCUCUGCUGUCGGUUGUAAGCGUUGCGUUCUUGUGGGACGCUCCACGCAUCCCUGCCACCAAGUCGUCACUGCUUGUACAUAAACAAAUUGCCCGGGUUUCAGGCGCGGACCACCGACUUCUCACACGUAUCCCAUAUUACUUACAUUACGGCGACUGCGCUCCUCGACACCACACAGUCGAUUGCAAAUUGACGACUGCUUCGUCGCCUCUCAGCAUGUCCAACGGCGUGCGCAAUCUGCGCGCCAUGUUCGAAAACUCCAACGCCGCUGCCUCACCCGAGCCCCGCGGUCGCUCCCCAGUAGACCAUUCCGCCCCAGGAGACAACGACGACCGCCCCAGGUCAAAGGUGCGCGCCUCCUUUGUCCCUGUCGAGCCUUCACUUCCUCCUACGAGCGCCUACACGCCCACCGAUCUCGGCCAGACAAAGGGCACCCCGUCCAACAGCACCGUUGCACACCGCCGCGAGAGCUUCAGCAUCAGCGAGGACAGGCCCGAAGAGCUCGCUGAUCUCAAGAAGAUUGUCGGCGACGAGAAGGAAGAGCGCGCCAAGAGCCUGGCUAUCCCCGAGGCUGUUCCCGAGCAGGCCGUCGCAUCACGAGAAUCCUCGCUAUCGGCUCCUCUUGACCGAAAGGCAGAAGAAAAAGAAGAAACUACCGACAUGCCUAAGGUCUCCGACCUCGCAGAAGCUUCUGAGCUCCAGGCUGAGCAGACACCAACCCAACCCGAAGAAAACGCCGUCGACGACGCCGAAAUCUCCCCAAUGCCAUCUCCACAACAGAUUCCCACUCAGCCUGCUGAAAAUCCGGACAAGCCUACUACGGGUGCCCAGGAAGAUCUCGCGCUGAGACCGGCAGCCCCCACGGAUGAAGCUGCUGUGGAACACGACACACCUGCCCAAGAUGAAGCUGUCGUUGAGGAAAGCAUUCCUGCCGCGGAGGAAGCUGUCAUUGAGGAGGCCGCCGUCAAAGAGGAGGCGGCUGUUGCAGAAGCUGCUAUCGCAGAGGAGAAGGCUGCAAUUGCUGAGGAGCCUGCCAUUGCCAAAGAAGAGCCCCAAGCCGACGCUCAGCCCGCUGAAACCUCAGACAAGACUGAGACUGCAUCUUCCACGGAUGUGCCCACUAUCACCGAGGAGGCGGCUCCUGUGUCUGAAGAGGCUCCAGCAGCGGAGACUUCCAAGCCUGCUGACAGCAAGACAAAGACCAAUGGAACUCCUGCAGCUAAGAAGCUAGAGGUCAAGAAGCCCUCGGCAAUCUCUACUGCUAAGGCCUCCAAGGCCCUACCGGCAUCCGCAAAGAGCCCUCUCCCAAAGAGUCCUCUCCCAAAGGCAGCACCAAAAACUCCCCCGAAGACCAAGUCGGCCACACCAGCGCCCAAGCCCAGUCCAGCGCCCAAGGUGUCCAAGCCGACAGCCCCUAAGGAGGCCGGUAAGGCCCCUGUUGCAAAGGCUCCUGCUGCAAAGGCCCCGGCUGCUAAGGUCCCUACUACCAAGACAAGCCGCUCUUCCCUACGCCCAGCGGCAUCUUCAGCUACUGCACCUACUGCCAGCGCGGCGUCCAAGGCCAAGCCAGCAUCAUCAUCUACAGAGACCAAGAAGCCUGUCGCUUCCAAGCCCGCCCCUCCUGCUCUCCGUAAAAGCGUCUCACCAACCGGCUUCAAGAAGCCAGCUCCCAAGUCGCCCACACGCCCCGUCGGCUUGCCUUCACGUUUGACCGCACCUACUGCGGCCUCAGCUGCGAAGCAUGGCGAAGAACCCAAGGUUGCAAAAAAACCUGCCACUACCACACGCGCUCCACCCAAGCCCGCUGCCGCCACCACCAAGGCGCCACGACCUUCAGUUGGACCCAGUGCACCAAAGCGACCGGAGUCCCGCACCUCGACCACAAGCACCGCACCCAAGGGCGGUUUCCUUGAGCGUAUGAUGCGCCCAACAGCGGCCAGCUCCAGCAAGACUCAUGAGAAGCCUGCUUCUCCACCACACAAGGCCCCCGCCGCCUCAAAGCCUAGCACCCUACAAAAAGGAAAGAAGAAGGCGGAGGAAGUUGCUUCCAAGGUUGAAGAUGUCGCAUCCAAGGCCAAGGCAGCUGUCACCAACGGUCAUGGCGAUGAGGAGCACAAAGAGGAGCACAAGGAGGAGCACAAGGCGGAGGAAGAAGAAGCCCCAAAGGAGUCGGAGCCUACUGAACAGGUAGCUGAAGAAGCUCCCGCUGAUGAGGCGUCGCACGAGCCGGCAAAGGCACCUAGUCCAGUGCCAGAGGUGGAAGCUCUAACCGCAGAGCUGGAUACCCCAAAGCCGGAAGGCGAGGCAGUACGGUAGAUGAGAGUGAGUGGGCCUCUUGUCAUGGGGUAGGUUUGACGACAGGGUUUCGCAUUCCUGUAAUGUCUACAUAACAAAUUCGCGAAGUUGGUAGGCUGUUGGUAAAACUCUUGUUCAAUGGCGCUAUGUUGGUUUGCUUUUAUACCUUCACUUCUCCAAUAGCAUUUUCUGGAGCGAUUGUUUGGCGCAAAUCAUAGUCUUGGGGGAUACCUUGGGAUAUGGGUGGGGUGAGGGAAGGAUGGAAUUGGAUACAGAUCAUUGCGUAUAUAGUUGCCUUUUAAAGCUAUGGGUCUCGCAUACGUUGCUAGACAUUUCUUGUAUAUCGUAAUCCAUUCUUCACUCGGAACUUGAUCUUGUCACAACCCCUGGCUG